CAAAAUAAGACAUAACAAGAAUAGACGUGACUCGUGAGAGAAGCUUGUUAGGCAAUGUGAAAACCUCCACAGCAGUAACUCUAGUUCAUUAUAAAGAAACUUGAAACGCCAAGUUAGUUCGAAAUGAAUUUCUAAAUCCGUGUCUUUGUACCCGAACUGAAAUAGUAAAUCUCUUCCUAGUUCUGAACACCUCCCAAGCGUUGUCGCUUCUCCGCGAAGGAAAGAACAAGAAGAAAACAUGGCAAGCAGCAAGCCAUCGCAUAUCGACUGCAGCACAUUGCUUGUCAACACCUUCAAGAAGGCCCAAAAGAGAUGGCGCAUUGCUUAUCUAACAAUUCGCUCUGUCAGGGCAAUGCUUUCUCUUGUGAGAGAGAUUGUAUCAGAAACUAACAGUCGCCAGUUCUCUGGGGUUUUGCACUCUGUUUCCUACGCUGUGCUCGAUACAGAGCCAAGCUGUUCCCACCAUCACAGGAAAGGAAAUGAAUCAACUAUCAAUAUCCCUAAUAUUGAUCAAACGAAACUCACUGAAAUGGUGAAGGAGAAAGACUUGAUAGCUCUCAACCAUCUUGGAGGAGUUGAAGGUGUAGCUACCGUUCUUGGGACAAACUCAAAAAUUGGAAUCACUGGUCAUGACCAGGAAGUCAGCAGGCGGCGUGAGAUGUUCGGUUCCAACACUUACCAUAAGCCACCUCCGAAAGGAUUUUUGUUUUUUGUGAUGGAAGCUUUUAGAGACACCACCAUUCUUAUUCUGCUGGUGUGUGCUGCUCUUUCCCUUGGUUUUGGCAUCAAACAACAUGGCAUAAAGGAAGGUUGGUACGAAGGUGGGAGUAUCUUUGUCGCUGUCUUUCUGGUCAUUGUUGUCUCUGCGUUCAGCAACUAUAGACAGGAGACACAAUUUGACAAGCUAUCGAAAAUAAGUAACAAUAUUAAGGUUGAUGUUCUUAGAAAUGAACGGCGACAACAAAUCUCCAUAUUUGAUAUUGUUGUUGGAGAUGUUGUCUUCUUGAAGAUUGGUGAUCAAAUUCCAGCUGAUGGCUUGUUCUUGGAUGGUCACUCUCUGGAAGUGGACGAGUCAAGCAUGACAGGAGAGAGUGAUCAUGUAGCGGCCAACACCAAAGAGAACCCCUUCUUGUUUUCUGGUUCGAAAAUUGCAGAUGGAUAUGCUCGAAUGCUCGUGACAUCUGUGGGGAUGAACACAGCAUGGGGGGAAAUGAUGAGCUCAAUAAAUCGUGACUCCGAUGAACGAACACCACUACAAGCCCGGCUUGACAAACUAACUUCUUCUAUUGGGAAGGUCGGCCUUUCAGUUGCUUUUAUAGUGCUUGUAGUCAUGUUAGUUCGUUACUUCACAGGAAAUACAGAAGAUGGAAAUGGGAAGAAGGAGUAUAUCGGUAGCAAAACAAAUACAGAUGAUGUGUUAAAUGCGGUUGUACGCAUUGUUGCUGCUGCAGUCACUAUUGUGGUUGUUGCUAUUCCUGAAGGUUUGCCGUUGGCAGUCACACUAACACUAGCUUAUUCUAUGAAGAGAAUGAUGGCUGAUCAAGCUAUGGUCAGAAAACUUUCAGCUUGUGAAACAAUGGGUUCAGCCACAGUCAUCUGCACCGACAAAACAGGCACAUUGACACUAAAUCAGAUGAAAGUAGCCAAGUUCUGGCUUGGCCAAGAACCAAUUGAGGAAGAUACUUAUAAAGCAAUUGCGCCAUCAAUUCUUGAAUUACUCCACCAAGGAGUCAGUUUAAACACGACCGGUAGUGUGUACAAAUCUGCAUCAGGAUCUGGACCUGAGUUUUCAGGCAGUCCAACGGAAAAAGCAAUUCUUUCAUGGGCUGUUUCUGAACUGGGCAUGGAUAUGGAAGAACUGAAGCAAAGUUAUACCAUUCUUCAUGUUGAAACUUUCAACUCAGAGAAGAAACGAAGCGGGGUUUCAAUAAGGAAAAUGGCUGAUAAUACUGUUCAUGUACAUUGGAAAGGAGCUGCUGAGAUGAUUCUGGCUUUGUGUUCAAGUUAUUAUGAGAGUAGCGGGAUCAUAAAGUCUAUGGAUGAGGAUGAAAGAAGUAAAAUCGGGAAAAUAAUCCAAGGUAUGGCAGCUAGUAGCCUUAGAUGCAUUGCAUUUGCUCAUAAAAGGGUUACCGAGGAAGGAAUGAAAGACGAUGAUGGCGAGUCACACCAGAGGCUACAAGAAGAUGGUUUGACCUUUCUAGGGAUAGUUGGUCUGAAGGAUCCAUGUAGAAUUGGAGCCAAGAAAGCCGUAGAAAUCUGCAAAGCUGCAGGGGUGAGCGUGAAAAUGAUAACUGGUGACAAUAUUUUCACAGCGAAAGCUAUAGCAACAGAAUGCGGCAUACUUGAGCUCAAUAACUAUGUAGACAAUGAAGAAGUGGUGGAAGGAGUCGUAUUUCGGAACUACACAAAUGAACAGAGAAUGGAGAAGGUAGAUAAGAUCCGCGUGAUGGCAAGGUCCUCCCCUUUCGACAAACUUCUUAUGGUACAAUGCUUGAGACAGAAAGGUCAUGUUGUUGCAGUCACAGGAGAUGGCACAAAUGAUGCGCCUGCAUUAAAAGAAGCAGAUAUAGGACUCUCUAUGGGCAUUCAAGGUACCGAGGUUGCCAAGGAGAGCUCAGAUAUCGUCAUUCUGGAUGAUAACUUCACUUCUGUGGCCACUGUUUUGAGAUGGGGACGGUGUGUCUAUAACAAUAUUCAGAAAUUUAUCCAGUUUCAACUGACUGUGAACGUUGCAGCUCUUGUAAUCAACUUUAUUGCAGCAGUUUCUGCUGGUGAGGUUCCGUUAACAGCUGUUCAGUUGCUGUGGGUAAACCUCAUCAUGGACACAUUGGGAGCUCUGGCUCUUGCUACAGAGCGGCCCACUGAUGAGCUAAUGGAGAUGACACCUGUGGGCCGAACCGAGCCCCUAAUCACUAAUAUAAUGUGGAGAAAUCUUCUAGCUCAAGCCUUUUACCAGAUAGCAAUCUUACUGACAUUACAAUUUGCUGGCGAGUCUAUCUUCAAUGUAAGUGCAGAAGUUAACGAUACGCUAAUAUUCAACACUUUUGUGCUUUGCCAAGUUUUCAACGAGUUCAAUGCAAGGAGUAUGGAAAAGCAGAACGUAUUCAAAGGCAUUCACAGGAACCAUCUGUUUCUGGGUAUCAUCGCAAUAACUAUUGUUCUUCAGGUGGUGAUGGUGGAGUUCCUAAAGAAGUUUGCAAGUACUGAGAGGUUGAACUGGUGGCAGUGGGUGACUUGUAUUGUGAUUGCAGCUGUAUCAUGGCCAAUUGGUUGGUUUGUGAAACUUAUACCAGUUUCAGGCAAACCACUCUUCAGUUACCUCGAGAAGCCAAUAGCAACAUUUAAAAGAGUUAUGCAUUCCAUGUGCUUUAGAGGAACAUCUUCCCCUGGGCUUGGAACUGGGUGUGGUAGAAGGUAAUAGAAGUGUUCUAGAACCAGCAAAGCCAGCGGUAUAGGCCGAGUAGUAUUCCAAAGAAGCUUCAGAUAAUAGCACGUUACAUACUGAGCAUCAGAAGCAAGUUACUCUUGAUCCCAGUUCACGAAUCCUCUUUUGCCAGAUUCACGCCACUAAAGAUUCAUUGGGGCAUGAAUGUGGCAGAAAAGGAUUCGUUUAUUGAGAUAAGCUUAGAGUAAUUUUCUGUGGCACUGGUGCGACGCACUCUUAAGCAAAGCCACUUUCGGCAUACUACUCUUCCAAUGCCUCGUAGCUUUAUAUACUGAUAGAUGAAAUUCGCUGCGCAGAGUCUUCUUGUAAAAAUGUAUCAUUUUAUUGUCUGAUAUGUAGAGAGAUCCAAAACGUUUGUUGAACAGCAUAGCUUGUGGGCCAAAGGCUCGUAGAAGGAAGUAAUAAUAAAAAAAAACCUGUUCAGUUUUGCCCAA